AUGUACGAUCCAUCGGAGUAUCCGGACGAGGAGGAGGAGGAAGAGGAGGAGGAGGAGGACGACGACGCCGUCGCGGGAGACGUCGUCGCCGCCGCGCGGCGCGCGGCGGCGGCGUUCGCGUCGAGAAAAGACGACCCGGGGUCGCCCUCUCCCUCGCAGCCCUCGCAGCCCGCGGACGACCCCGCGCUCGCGCCCGGGCUCUACCUCGUCGGCACCCCCAUCGGCAACCUCGAGGACAUCACCCUGCGUGCGCUGCGCGUCCUUCGCACCGCGGACGUCGUCCUCGCCGAGGACACGCGUCACACGCGGCGUCUUCUCCGCGCGUACGACGUCGACGCCGCCGCGUUGACGAGCUACCACGCGCACAACGAGCGCUCGCGGCGGGACGGCGUGAUGGACCGCCUGCGUCGCGGCGGCGCCGUCGCACUCGUGUCGGACGCGGGCACGCCCGCGGUGGCGGACCCGGGCGGCGACCUCGCGGCGGCGUGCGCGGCGGAGGGGAUCCGCGUGGUGCCCAUCCCGGGGCCGUGCGCGCCCGCGGCUGCGGUGAUCGCCGCGGGGCUCGGGACGGCGCGGUUCACGUUCGCCGGGUUUCUCCCGGCCAAGUCGGGCGCGCGACGGAAACAGCUGGAGGAGCUUCGCGGCGCCGCGGUCGGGACGACGGUGUUUUUCGUGCCGCCGCAUAAGCUCGUCGCGACGCUCGAGGACGCGGUCGCGCCGGGCUCGCGCGCGCGCGCGCUUCUUUUUUUCUUUCGACGCUUCUCGCUCGUCUCCUCGCGACUCCGGCUUUUCUUCGCUCCGUCUCACGCCGCCGCCUCCCCCGACGUCAUGUCGCGUCGCGUCGCGCCCGCCGUCCAUCUCUCUCAGGUGCACGAAGAGUUCUGGAGGGGCACGCUCGCCGACGCGGUCGCGGAGUUCACGUCGCGUAAGCCGCGAGGGGAGAUCACGCUCGUCGUCGAGACGGGCGGCGGCGAGAGCGGCGGUGAGACUACACCGCUUCCCGUACGACCCCGACUCGACCGCGCGCUUCGAGAGAUGCUGGACGACGGCGAGUCCCCGUCCGAGGCGUCGAAGCGCGCGGUCAGGGAGCUGGGUGCAAAGCGGAAGGAGGCGUACGCCGCGGCGUUGAGGCUCGCGGGGAAGACCGGCGGGGUCGACGCGGACGCGUGA